AUGACUACAAGCUCAAAGCUGAGCCAGGGACAGCAGAUAGCAGCUGACGUGCAGAGGGAGUGUAUUUCCAUCCACAUUGGCCAGGCUGGUGUCCAGAUGGGCAAUUCCUGUUGGGAACUGUAUUGCCUGGAGCAUGGGAUUCAGUCAGAUGGCAUCACAUCCUCCAUGGCAUCCUCAGGGCAAACAGACUCUUCCUUUGGGACUUUCUUCAGUGAGACAGGCUCAGGGAAGCAUGUGCCUAGAGCAGUGUUUGUUGCUGUCAUUGAUGAGAUCAGGACCGGGACCUACCUCACGCUCUUCCACCCAGAGCAACUCAUCGGUGGCAAAGAAGAUGCUGCCAACAACUACGCUCAGGGCCGCUACACCACUGGGAAGGAGAUCAUAGACCCAGUUGUUGAUAGAGCUCGUAAAAUGGCUGACCAGUGCAGUGGCCUCCAGGGGUUCCUGGUCUUCCACAGCUUUGGGGGAGGCACAGGCUCGGGGUUCACCUCCCUCCUCAUGGAGCAGCUCUCUGUAGAGUACGGCAAGAAGUCCAAGCUGGAGUUCUCUGUGUACCUGGCACCACAGGUCUCCACGGCAGUGGUGGAGCCCUACAACUCCAUCCUCACCACUCACACCACCCUGGAGCACUCAGACUGCUCCUUCAUGGUGGACAACGAGGCCAUCUAUGACAUC